UUUUGAGGCAAUGAAAACAACGGAGAAGAAGACCGAACAUGAUUUGGAGCUUGAAGCUCAAUCGUUGAGAAGAAUCGCGUUCUUUGGUGUGGCCAUGUCCACUGUGGCGACAUUCGUGUGCAUUAUAACCGUUCCACUUGCGUACAACAAAAUGCAGCAAAUGCAAUCAAAUAUGAUUGACCAGAUUGAUUUUUGCAAGACGAGAUCCAAUCUGUUUUGGCGAGAGGUUACCAAGACGCAGUAUAUGGCGGAUUCUCGUGGAAUCCGAGUUGCUCGACGAGCCGAAAAACGAUAUAGCACUAACUAUGAUAAUCAGAGGACUGCCUAUGACAGGUUCUACCAUGCCCAACAGCAAUAUGAAAGUAGAGAUAGCAACUACGAUAAGUCAGCUAGCUACGGACUUUGGAAUACGGAGUCGCCGAUUCCUGCUAGAAACUAUGAAAGUUCAUCUUCUUCUGCUCCGGUCUAUGGAAACAAUUAUGGUAGUCAGGGAGGAGGUGGAGGUUGCUGUGGAUGUGGGCAAUCUCCACCUGGACCACCGGGACGACCUGGAAGCGAUGGUUCCCCGGGUUCGGAUGGUGAAGCUGGAAUCCCUGGUAGAGACGGACCAGACGCACCGCGUGCCACCCCCGCGCCUAACUUUGACUGGUGCUUUGAUUGCCCGCCAGGUGAGCCAGGACGGCAAGGAAAGCAGGGAAGAAAGGGCCCACCGGGAAGACCAGGAGGCAGCGGACUUCCAGGAGACAAAGGACUGCCAGGAUUGCCAGGAUCGAUGGGGCCAGUUGGACCAGAGGGAAGACCCGGAAUUCCAGGAUUGCCUGGAGGAAAGGGUAUUCCUGGAAAACUUAUUGAAGUUGCCGGACUUGAAGGACCACCAGGACAGUCUGGACUGCCCGGAAUGCCAGGACUACAAGGAAAACCCGGGAACGACGGCUACCCAGGACGAGAUGGUUCUCCAGGUGAUCAAGGUGACGAUGGAAUUCCUGGUGGUCCUGGUAAACCUGGGCAGAAGGGUUACCCAGGUCCCGACGGAAGUGCUGGCUUCCCUGGCGGAUGUGACCACUGCCCACCCCCGCGGACUGCUCCCGGAUACUAGGAAAUGGCGAUCUCGAAACGUUUAUCUGUAAAAUAUCAUUGUGAAUCCUUACAUAAUAAUACUUCCGCUCUGCUUAAUGUUUCCUUAUAAUUAAUCCCUAUAUGAAAAUUUCAUCAAUUCAAUCAUUUUCAAGUGUGUUCAUGAGAAUUGUGAAUACAUUCUGAAAGAAGAAAAAGGGGGAAAAUGGCCAUUAUUCAUUCUUUAUUGCGUGUUUUUUUGUGUUUACCUUUUGCAUGUCUACAUGACGAUUGUUGUAUUUUGUGGAAGUCUGCUUUUCUUGGAAUCAGGGAACUGGAACUUUAAAGAUACAAAAAGCAGGAAUUGCGUCACAAAAUAAAAUU